AAGUCGUGGAUGUUGUUAUACAUAGUUUGCAAAGGAGAGGGAUCCCGAGAAGCAGGAGGAACGGCGUUGCGACUCCAUGGCUGCUCCGCUCUUGAGGUUACAGAAGCGUUCCCUCUGCAGCAAGGCGUCCUGGAAAUGGAGGGUGAAGCAGGUCACAACCUCCAACUUCCAACAAUCCUUGGAGGAGAUUCAAACCCACAUAUCCAAUUCCCACUUCAUCGCCGUUUCCAUCGACAACACCGCCUCUCCCUCCCCGCCCUCAUGGCACCGCCUUCUCCCCUUAGACACCGCCCAAACCGCCUACUCCAAAGCCACGCGCUCCGCCCAACGCUCCCAUCCCCUCCACUUUGCCGUAUGCCCCUUCUCCGUCACCCCAUCCAACAACCUCGUCGCUCAUCCGUAUAAUUUCCUUUUGUUCCCGCGAGAUGAGUUGAAGAUGGGAAUGCCCUCAUACAGUUUUUCGUGCCAAACAUCGUCUCUGGCGUCAUUGGCUCGCCAGGGUUUUGAUUUCAAUGCUUGCGUCUAUGACGGGAUAUCUUAUCUAUCUAGAGAGCAAGAGUCGGUGGCUAAAAUUCGUCUUGGAACUGCUUUCCAUUCUUCCCUUGGUAUGAUGAAAUCUUCUUCACCCUCUACUGUUGCUGAUUCUGUUUUUGUUGAGAGAAUUAGAUCACGGAUUAAGCAUUGGAGAAAGACAUGUAAAAGCUCUAACACCAACACAAGCCAUGAUGAACUUAUCAACUCCCUUAAGAACAUUGUCCUGGGCUGUGAACACUUCAGAUCAAGACCUUGCUUGACUAUAGAUGUUUGCGGUGAUCGUCAAGUGCAGCUUCUUCUGGAGAUGUUGGUAGACUACUCAGAUGAUCUUCUUCCUUUGAUAAUCCCUGGAAAGAGUGGGACCACUCAGGCAGUACGAAUUGUUUUGGCAAAUUCAGAAGAAGAUAAAGAGUUAUUGGAGAGAGCGCUUCAAAAUUUUGAAGAGGAGGAGAAUAAGAAAAUUCGUGGAUUCCGAGAGGUGAUCGAAUUGAUUUCUGCUUCGCAGAAACCUGUUAUCUCCCACAAUUGCCUUAAUGAUUGUACACUAAUUUAUUCAAAAUUCAUUGCGCCACUUCCACCUGAAGUAGAUGAAUUUAUGAGCUCCUUGUGCAUGGUUUUCCCCAAGGUACUUGAUGUGAAUUAUUUGAUGAAGAAAAUUGGAACCAUGAGAAAAAUGACCAACAUUCCAAGUGCUAUAUCCUACUUGAAUAAUCAUUUCUUUGCACCUGUUGAUUUGGAAAUUCCUGACCAAGCUACAGUAAAAGAAGGCAAGAUUCAUGGACUUAAUGCAUUAAGGCUAUCCUAUUUAUUUGUGAAGCUCUGCUCUAUAUUGAAAAUUUCCCCAAAAGUUACUGAAUCUGGCAGUAAGCAUUUGGCCCCGGAGCUCGAAGACUUCACCAAUGUAUUUCAUCCAUACUCUGCUGAUAUCCAAGAGUUACUUAAUGAGGAUGUCCGCAUGUGGACCAAUAAUACAAGAAAAGUCAGUUGUGAUCAUUUGAUUUUCUUAUGGGGAUUCAAAUCUGGUAUGACAGCUGGCAUGCUGAAGAGUGUACUUCGUGCAUCCCAUGAUAUCUUUUCGGGAGAGUUUGAUGUUAGAUUGGUUGAUAAGAGUUGUGCCAUUGUUGUUUUCUGGCAACCUGGGUUGUCAAAAGAUUUUCUAGAUGUAAUGAAUAGUGAAGAACUUAAUGGAGACUUAAAAGAGUUAGUAUCAGAUGGCCUGCGGGUAACCGGUUAUGAGACCUACAAGAAAAUGUGUAGGCUAGGUUUGUGGGAGAUGGAUCUUGCAGAGUCCUUAGAAAGAGCCUUGGAGAGUUCUGCCUGUAAUAUAGAGAGUAAUUGUGAUAGAAAAUCUUCUGAGAUUCAUUGGUUCGAUGACAAAGUAAUUAACUUGGAUGAUCUUUAAGGUUGUCAUUAACCUAUUUUUGAAUUUUUUAUCUGUCACUGACUGCAAGGACUAGACAUUUUUUUUUUGUAUGAAAAGUCGUUAUGUAUAAACUUUUGUAUAAUAAAGAAAGAUAAGAAGAGAACAGAGAAAUGUAGGAUAAGAUAAUUGAUAUGAUCGAGAAAGAAAAAUAUUGUAAAAUGUGUUGAAUGUGUGAAUAAGAACACUCGUAUGAUGCU